AGUAACGGCGCGUGCGCAGACAUGACCAGGAAGUGAUUUAUCAUCGAACAAUCUAAAAAUUAAUGCGUUCGCUGAACAUUUUCGAAGAGAAAUGUAAAAGUUUAUGGCAACAGUACAACGGAACGAUUCAUACGGUGCAAGUCAUUUUCGUUUGAAACGAUUUUGACAAACAUUUCAAACGAAGAGGGACAUUUUCAACUUUGACCCCUGACGAAUUGAAUGAGUUUUCUGCAAAAUGGCAGCAUCAAUACCUUCUGCCGUGUCAGCACCAUUGGGUCAAAAACGCAGGGCAUCUUUGAAGAAGAAAGAAAGAAGAAAACGAAAACGCCAAGCCCUCGCCAAAGCCCAAAUCAGAGAAUCUGGUGAAAAUGGAGAUGAUUCUCCACCAGAACAAGAUGAUGAUGAAGAGGAAAGGAAGGCUGAGGAAGAAAGACGGCGCCUAGACCAGGAGUGGCUGGAGAGGGAGAGGCUGGCCCAGCAGGAAUUCAGACUCCGGUGGGAGAGGGAAGACGCUGCAAGGAAGAGACAGGAGGAAGAGGAGGCGAGGAUAAAGCAGGAAUGGGAGGCCCAGCAGAGGAGAGAGGAAGAGGAGAAGGAGCAGAAGCAACAGGAGAAGAGAGACAGAGAGGUGAAACCUGCACCAGGAGGAUAAACGCACAAUGGAAGAGCUACAUAUCCUCUUCCUUUUGGUCACACAAUGGUUUUAACUUAAGAAAUAUUACACAGUAAUGUGUCUUUUGUGUGAGAAAGAAGUGUUUUUGCCUCAGACAUCGACUUUUAUCCACGUGUUUUUCCUUAACUGUGAUACACGCAAAGGCCUUAACUAAGAUACACACAAAGAGGGACACUCCUACAGGUCUGUGCUGCCAUGGGACAAGGAUGUAUCUUUUAUCUGUGGAUUUGUUUCCUCAUGUCUUCUGGUUAUUCUCAUACUGCUCAGGGACAAAAUACACACACACACACACCUUUGCAGUUCUUAUGUCUAGUGUCUUUGUACAAAGGCAUAUUUUGUGGCUCGCUUUCAACCACUGGUAAGAUAUUCUUGACUUGCAGUAACAGAUAUCCAGAUAUGCCACUGCAGGUUUUCACCAGCCCAUCCUAUGUUUGCACCAUUUACAGGAAGCUGUACAGAAAAUGUUGGACCAGGCUGAGAGUCAGCUGGAGAAUGGGGGUCCCUGGAGAAACCCUGAGGCUCCAGAUUUUGGUACGGAGCAAGACCGGGCUAACUGCCCCUUCUUCCUCAAAACUGGAGCCUGCCGCUUCGGCGACAGGUGCUCUCGUAAGCAUGUCCACCCCCCGUCCAGCCCUACUCUGAUGAUCCGGGGGAUGUUUGCGACUUUCGGGAUGGACCAGAGGUCACGGGACGACUACGAUACAGACGCCUGUCUGGAGCACAGCGAGGAGGAGGUACAACAGCAGUUUGUGGAUUUCUACGAGGAUGUACUUCCUGAGUUUAGGAAUGCUGGCAAGGUGUUGCAGUUUAAGGUCAGCUGCAACUUCGAGCCACAUUUGAGAGGAAAUGUUUAUGUCCAGUUUGACACAGAGGAGCAGUGCAGAGAGGCCUUCAUGAUGUUCAAUGGAAGAUGGUACGCUGGCAAACAGCUCCAAUGUGAGUUCUCUCCUGUCACCAGAUGGAAGACUGCUAUAUGUGGUUUGUUCGACCGACAGAAGUGUCCGAAAGGAAAGCACUGCAACUUCCUGCACGUGUACCGUAACCCUGGAAAUGAGUUCUGGGAGGCGGACAGGGACCUGCACAUGUCCCCCGACCGGGGAGGAGGGGGUACCGGGUCUUUCGCUGGGGGCCGGUUCUCUGAGAGGAGUAACCGCUCCUCGUGGACCGAGAGGUCACAGAGCCGACGGGGGGAGAGGAGCAGGAGGAGUAGGAGCAGGGAGAGCAGAAUAGCCCAAAGGAGAGAGAGUCUUCAGAGUGACAGGUCUUGGACCAGUCGUACCAGCACGAGACCCAGGUCGAGGAGUAGGGACAGAGAAAGGAGAGACAGGAGCAGAGAUAGGAGGGACAGAGGCAGGAGCAGGGACAGAGACCGGCUGGAUGGGAGCAGAGACCGAGAUGGGAGCAAGAGAGAGGGGUGGAGGGGUUCACCCACAGAGGCUAGUAGGGGGAGAUCCAGAUCAGCCAGCCCUGGAGAGUCCUCGAAGAGGAAGAGACAGGGGAGCAGGAGUCCUGGAGAGUCCUCUCAGAGGAGGAGACAGGGGAGCAGGAGUCCUGGAGAGUCUUCUCAGAGGAGGAGACAGGGGAGCAGGAGCCCUGGAGAGUCCUCGAAGAGGAGGAGACAGGGGAGCAGGAGUCCUGGAGAGUCCUCGAAGAGGAAGAGACAGGGGAGCAGGAGCCCUGGAGAGUCCUCUCAGAGGAGGAGACAGGGGAGCAGGAGUCCUGGAGAGUCCUCUCAGAGGAGGAGACAGGGGAGCAGGAGCCCUGGGAAAACAUCCCAAAAAGACAAGCAGCCAGCCAACGACAGCAGCGACACGGCUCCAUCACGCCACAAACGCAACAAAAAAAGCAAAAAGAAGAAGAGCAAGAGGAGGAAACCCAAGAGGGACAAAAAGAGCCAGUCGGCUGGGGGUCAGAGUUCAUCUGCAGAGUCAGGGAAGGAGUCUUGGGACGAGGAGAAACCCUCUCCAAACCUUGUAGACAGCAGUACACGGACUCCUCAUGAGGUAGACAACACUACCCAGGAGACUGUGGAUGUAGACAACACUACCCAGGAGACUGUGGAUGUAGACAACAAUACCCAGGAGACUGCUAGGGUAAAUGCCAUACUUAGUCUCAUGUUGUCUGAGUCUCUUGAUAAUGCCAAUGCAGUCACUUCAGACAUACAGACCCAGGUCAAGGAGGAGCCUGAGGAUCCCUGUCCACCUAUUGUCCCCUCUCCUAGCCCUGGGGAUGUGGACAUCGCUCAGACUCCUGAGGCAAACGCACUCUCCCCAGACCUCCAUAGUAUCUUCCUCAAGCAGGAGUAUCCCUCUCUACCCAGUGUGCCUGAAGAGGAAUGUGAACAGGAUCGACCUGAGACGCUGCCUGAUUCCCCUGACGAUGAUGACCCAUAGCAGAAUGAAAUGUGUUCUGUAUGGACUUCACCAUGACUGCUAUGGGCAUUUUGAAGUGUACACUGUUUAUGCAUUGACUGUUUUCAAUCUUCACCAAUGCACUGCUCAACCUAGCUUUCACAAAUGUUGGUUUGUUCCAAAUGUAAGAUGUGACAAUUAAAUGUUUUUUUAUACAG